AUGGGCGAGCAUAAUCUCCUGAAUCCCGGGUUUGUGGGGCCGCUGGUGAACAUCCACACGGGAGACACCUUCUACUUCCCCAACUUCCGCGCGUCUGGGGCGCAGCUGCCCGGGCUGCCUUCGCUGUCCUACCCGCGCCGCGACAACGUGUGCUCGCUGCCCUGGCCGUCGGCGGAGCCGUGCAAUGGCUACCCGCAGCCCUACCUCGGAAGCCCAGUGUCGCUCAACCCUCCCUUCGGCCGCACGUGCGAGUUGGCGCGCGUGGAGGACAGCAAGAGUUACUACCGAGAGCCGUGUGCCGAGGGCGGCGGCGGGGGCCUGAAGCGUGAGGAGCGCGGGCGCGACCCGGGCCCAGGAGUUGGGCCCGGGGCAGCGCUGCUGCCGCUGGAGCCGUCAGGGCCGCCUGCGCUCGGGUUCAAGUACGACUACGCUGCAGGCGGCGGCGGAGGCGAUGGUGGCACGGGACCUCCACACGACCCGCCCUCGUGCCAGUCUCUGGAAUCUGACUCCAGUUCCUCCCUGCUCAACGAGGGCAACAAGGGCGCCGGCGCGGGGGACCCUGGCAGCUUGGUAUCACCUUUAAAUCCCGGUGGCGGGCUCUCGGCCAGCGGCACGCCCUGGUACCCGAUCCACAGCCGCUCACGGAAGAAGCGCAAGCCCUAUUCGAAGUUGCAGUUGGCAGAGCUGGAGGGCGAGUUUCUGGUGAACGAGUUCAUCACACGGCAGCGCCGAAGGGAACUCUCAGACCGCUUGAAUCUUAGUGACCAGCAGGUCAAGAUUUGGUUUCAGAACCGGAGAAUGAAAAAGAAAAGACUUCUGUUGAGGGAGCAAGCUCUCUCCUUCUUUUAGGGGGCAAGGCAGGGGAGCCAGCCCCAGACUGAGCCUGUCUCUGGCAGAGAGCAAGAGGGGGCGCUGCUUGGGACACAGUCCCCUGCUUAGAACACCAGACAUCUCUGGGAGACCCUCUCUGGACGUCCUCUUGUCUGUUUUGUUCGUGGUUCCCUCCUACACACCCCCAGCAGGCCCUGCCAGGCCCCAGAGAGAAGGAAAGAACCCAGCCAGGGAGAGAAGCCCACAGCUGUAGGCCAGGGGUAGGGACAAGGAAGCCUGGAGCACUGGGGAGGGGCAGACUGGGGCAUUGGACCUCUGGAUGAGGGCCCAGGCGCCCCCUCCAACCAUUUGCCUUCUGUAGUCUUAAGUCUGCCUGCAGGAGGAGGCAAGGGUGGGGUGGGGACAAGGCUCCUGAAACUCGCUCUUUGGGGGUUAGGAGAGGCUGAGAGGAGGGAGCAAGAGUGGAGAUUAUCAGAGAGAGUGGAGGCUGACUGGGAAGCUCUGGGAGGGCAGGAGGAAGUGGGGGGACUCAGGAGGAAGUGUGGUUUGGGAGAACAGAAUGAUCAGAAAUGCCCAAGUCCAAGAGGUCUGGGUCCUCCAGACCUGGAUGGGAGAGCAGGUGGGGGCAUGAACUUUUGGCAAACCCAGCUGUGGACAAGGUGAUAACAGCCUUAUGUCCCCUCUAGGGCAGAGCUGCCCAAAUGCUUCCUAGUUCCCAGCCCUUUCGCUCACAGGUGUGCUGCUAUACUCUCUUCCCGCCACCUAGGCGCCUGCAAACCAGAACGCAAGCGAGGGAUUGGGAGCUAAACUGAGAGCUAAACCGUCGCAGCCCCAGGUUCAAUAGCCACUCUAGGGACCCCCAUCUGGCCCUCCGGGAAACCCAAGAGGCUGUGAAAGCGGGCUUCGAAGCACGGCAUUGAUUGGCGGGAGAGUUUCUGGCAGCCACAGGCUGCAGCCGCUGAUUCUGCCUUCCCCGCUGGCGUUCACGGUCACGGCCAGCCGGAGGCUGGACUGGCAUAAUUUACGAGGCGGGAGGAGAAUCCGCCCCUAAAGGGGCUACCAUAGCGGCCCCGCUCAGCCUGGGUUUCCCAGGCUGGUGACAAUGAAGGAGGGGCGCUACAGCUCCCCACCCAACUCCUCUCUGUCUCCCACUCCACCCUCUCCCCAACGUGGCCCUUUGUCUUAGGCCUCCGCCUCGCGGCUCAGCUGCAGAGUCCACUGAGCCGGAGGACCAGAGCAGAGGGCGGAGCACAACUCCAGAACCUGUUGGAGGCCCCCAGAGCGGCUUCUCCAGCGGAGGGCCUUUUAUUCACAGCCCCCUUCAGGCCCCACCCCCACCCCAGUGGAUCCUCGGCUGGCUUGGGAGAGAGAAGCAGUGAAGGGGCUUGCUUGCCUUCCCAUACUCCGUUUGUAUCCCAUCUGGGUGAGAGUUCCCCAUGCUCCUAUCUGCUGACCCACCCUUGCCAGGAGCAAGGGACUGGUGGGAGUUGAGCCCAGCUUGGGAAAUGUGAAACUGGCCUGCUAGCUUGGAGUUCUUCCUGCCUGGGAGAGUCACUCCUAACACACCCUUGAAAAGCAAUCCACAGAGCCCCCCACCCCACUCUCCCACGGGCGCACAGCCUCAGGCCCCUGUACCGGGGAUUGUGCAGAGGCACAGGCAAACUCAUAGGGACAGCUGAGCCCAGGGCGCCACUGAGCCCAUCCACUCUCCUGACUAUACUUGCAAAUAGGCAGCCUCCUAUCCCCAAAUACAGCCCUAUAGACUGGCCAUAUAAUCACAUUUUCCCAUCAUCCACUGGGCACCUGACACCCCUCCCCCGCCCCCCAACAUAAACUUCUUUCACUUAUGUACAAGUUUGCAGAAGUCACUGCCAUUCCAGCUGCCUCUGUACUGCCCUGUGGCCUGGUCCUGGGCAUGAGGCACUCCCGCUUUGCCUGUUCACCCAUAUACCACUUCAUGCAGCCCCUCCUGGAUUCCAGCGCCACCACUCCAGCGUGACUCCCAUAGCGUGAUAGAGAAGAGAGACCAGAACACUUCAAAAGGGUGAAGGGGAAAAGAUAUGCAACGUUCUCUUCUUGUCGCUUUAAACUUGAUUUCUGUGAGCUUCUCUGUCGAUCUGCGUCCUGUUCUCUGUGUUGUUGCUAGUACCUUGUGUAUCCCUGCGCGCAGACGUCCUCCCUCCCUCCCCGCUCUCUGUAAUGCACCCUCCUAUUCAAACGGCUGGCUGUCGUUAGCACGUUUUCCCUUUAUAUUGUCCUUGUACAAAGUUGCUUCACCAUAUUAACAUUAAUAAUAAUUAAAAUAUGACUGUAUGAUGAUGUGAUUUUUUUGAGGAAAAAAAAUUUAACUGGGUCCCCACAAAUUGUCUCCUCUGACCAGAAAGAAUGUGAUCCUCUGCUUCGUUGCUGUUU